AUGCAUUUGUGGUUAAGCAUCAUUUGUUCUUAUCUACUAUUCAAAGGAUUCAAUUGUUACAAAGAAGAAUUAAUUGUUUCAGAACAUCCUAUAAAACAUGAGGAUUGUCCCCGGUUAGAUGAUAACAAUCAUCCAAUACUUCUUGCCCAUCCUAAUGAUUGCCGUCGCUAUUAUAGCUGCUUAGACGGUUUCGCGUAUCCUAAAAUGUGCCCGGAAAAUUUGCACUGGAGUGCUGUAACAUAUCGUUGCGACUAUCCGGAAAUUGCCAAAUGCGAAACGGAAGCCAACAUCGAUAAUCAAAUUGCAAAUGCUAAUAAUUUCAAAUCGAAAGUUUACUUUCAAAACCAUCCCAGCGAUUGCAAUCGCUUUGUUCAAUGUCAAAUAAUGAAAUGCCCACCCAAUUACCAUUGGAACGCGAAAACGGAACGUUGCGAUUUUCCUCAUUUGGCUCAGUGUGAAAAUUAUCCUCCAUCUUCUAAUCAGUCCGCUGGUGCUGCCACCGCUAGUACACCCCCUUCAUCAGGUAAUCAAGAAAACGGUGUCACAUCUCCCGGCUGGCCUGCUGGUAAUGACACUCAAGCAUCGUCCGGCCACUGUGCAGUCUGCGAUGCGCUUUGCGACCGAAACGAUCAAAUGUAUUUACCGUUCCCAGGCAAUUGUCAUAAGUUCAUACAAUGCAAUGGCAUAGCUUUCAUUUUCAAUUGUCCCGAUCAUUUGUAUUGGAAUGCCAAAUUAAAUGCUUGCGAUCGCAUUUGCGUACCAAAUUAA